UUUAGAGAGUCUAACCCACUUGGUGAAUUAUAUCGAUUUGAAAAGGGGCAGCCAAUGGCAGUUAUAAGGUCGGGAGUAACCCUUUCCAACGGUUUGGCGUGGAACGAGAAAACAAACAAAUUCUAUUAUAUCGACUCAAACGAAUACGAAGUAAACGAGUAUGAUUAUGAUUUGGAUACGGGCGUGGCCAGCAACCCUAAAAUAGUCUUCAAGCAUGCCGAUAUGCCCGAUGGCAUGACUAUUGAUACAGAGGGAAAUAUUUAUGUUGCCAUCUUUACAGGUCAUACCGUCUAUAAGGUGAAUCCAAGCACUCGAGAAAUUUUGCUGGCAAUCAAAUUGCCUACCUUGCAUGUAACUUCUGUGGCUUUUGGCGGACCAAAUUUGGAUACUUUAUUUGUAACUACCUCGUCGUUUGGCGAUGAACCUGCUCCAGCUGGCUAUACAUUUAAGGUUACUGGUUUGGGUACAAAAGGAUUGCCAAUGAGGAAAGUAAAAAUCUAAAACACCAAUGUGUAUAUAUACCUUUGAUUCGAACUGGAAUGCUUAUUUGUAGUAUCACUAAAAUUUUCUUUACCUUAAUUUGAAAAUAAAUAACUUGGAAGUGAAA